AUGGCAGCAGUAUUUGUACCCCCUUCGCACGAGAACCCCCUGAACAUGUCGACUCGUCGGCCACUUGCAAACGUGCCGAAUGCCACCAACUCCCCUCACAGGGUAGGCCUCGUGCCUGCCAAACGCCCCCGGGCAACGACUGCACAGAUCGAUAUCGCUUACGGCCAGCCACCUCCGAAGAAGCAGGUGGUGGAAGGAAAUGAGACGGAAAACCAGACCACUGUUCACACCAAGACCUCGACCCUCCGAGGCACGGAUUCGAAGCUGUUUACCCGUCGAACGAACAAUGCCCAACCAAGUGCUUUCGAGAGGAGGCUCGUAGAUGCUAGGGACAAGGAACGACAGCCUCAGUCGAAAACAACAAAACAGGAGAAACCGUCCACAGAGAACAUUUCGAUCAAACAAUGGCAACGGCACUACCGGAAGGCGUUCCCCCACUUUGUCUUUUACUUCGACUGCGUCCCGAUUGAUGUUCGCAGUAAAUGUUCAAGGCAGGUCAUGGCAUUGGGAGCGCGCGAAGAAAAAUUCUUCUCGCGUUUAGUAACCCACGUUGUUACCUCCCGCCCUAUACCACCAGAGAUUGACAGACGCGCACCAGCAGAGCCUGCCCAGGAUGCCCCACAGGAUUCUCCCGGCGAUGUCCAGACGGUGAACCCGGCCGAACUCGAAAUGCACCUACAUCUGGCAGUGUGUCCAAAACGCGAGCCGAGCCAGGACGUUUUGCAUCGGGCACGUGAAAUGGGAAUGAAGAUAUGGGCCGUGGAAAAGCUGCAACGAAUGAUCGCCACUAUCAAUGACGCUGACAUCGCGAACUCGAAUCCCACCCGAAACGCCACUGGGGCCCAGAGCAAAUCUAGGGGAAAGGACGAUCUCUCGCAGGUGCUUCAAAAUGAACUCAACGGCCCCUCUGAUCGCAGCCAUUUGUCCGUGCUCAAGGACCUGGUACUGUUCAAGGGGCCCUUCAUAUAUGUGCACGAUAUGGAUGAGAAGACACGGCCCGUUAUGGUUCGGGAAUACCCAAAAGUUGCGAAACGGCAGGAUGGCAUCUGGCCUCAAUUUCGAAGUGCUCCAUUGGGAAAAUGUCCGUUCAUUGAGGAUGCCCCUACCAAACGCGAGGUAGAACGACAACGACCUCGCCAAGAGAAGGAAGAGAAAGAAAAGAAGACCUUCAUCAAACCUACGGUACCUCUAUUUGGAAAGGGGGUCGAGAUCACGCAUCAGCCUCAACAGUUGCCUGCGAAGAAGGAGACAAGUCCCGCUGAAGAUGAUGAGCCACCUGCGCCACCUGUUAAGCUUGAAGAUUCCCCUGACAUCUCUCAAGAAGUUCCGCUAUCUCCAAAGAAGAGCUCAGAAAGCUUUGUUCCACCUCCACUCCACCGCAAGGGUCCAUUCUACCAUGGCCGGGAGCCUGCUGCUUCCGGCGUACAGCCUUCAAAUAUUACCUCUGCCAUCCGCUCCCAAAUGGUGUCCUCCACAGCGGCCGCACCCGGCGCAAAGGCUGGCUUGAGUAAGGAGGUUCAUGAGUUGAAGCGCAAAGUACUGGAGAAGAGCAACGGUGGAUUCUCGGCUGCCGUGGCACAUGCAUACCGCCCACUAGAUGCACCCACAACAGCGAAUACGGAGAAGAGCUACACCAGUCGGAUGAGCAAAUCGUCACGUCCCGAUAAGCUUGGGCACAUCGAGGAGGAAACCACACAAUCAGAAAGUAACGACACAAAACAUUGGACGAAACCCCGUAAAGGCGCCGAGAUAAGGAAGAAGGAACGACGGAGAGAUCCGAAACCAGGAUACUGCGAGAACUGUAGGGACAAGUUCGAUGAUUUUGACGAGCACGUAAUGACAAGGAAACACCGCAAAUUUGCAGCUAACGGGGCGAACUGGGCCGAAUUGGACUCAUUGCUGCUGCAGCUGGCACGACCAGAAAAGGCAGAACGAACUGCCUAA